AUGCAUCCUCCGAAAUGGGGUUCUCGAGACGGCGAAUUCGACAGACCUAAUCACCGUAAUGCUCCGCCCGGUCGAGCUGGACUUCGUAUAUCUAUGUCAACAUCGCGAGCGAACACGCGACGACCGCGGACGCAAGAAUCUAUGGAGCGUCGCCCACUGGAACUCAGCCCUCAAGACUUACCCCGUCCACGGUUCCCGAUCAAUGGGCCUGCCGAUGAAAACGCGCCCCGUUCAAGCGUCAACUCGGGCGAGACCUCGCGCUCCAGUACCGAGCAGGCAAGCGGAACAGAGCGCAGCAGUGUCUUGACCAAGAGCAGCUCCUUCACAGAUCUCUCGCCAGACACCCCGGACGCGCCUUACGGGAUGGACAAUGGAAUGAGCGUUGAAGACGCGAUCUCUAUGUAUCUCGAUGGCUUCAGCGACGUGACUGAAGAGCCCCCUUCACCAAAAUCUCAUGCGGAAAGUAAAGCGCCAUCAAUAACGCCCCCACCGUCACGCGAUGCACCACUGGAUGAUGUGCAAUCAAACUUUACACAAUUGGACGACGUUCCCCCGAUACCUCCAUUACCAGAGUCAACACCCAAAAGCACAUAUCCUGAGCCGGUGUUGCAAGAUUUGACGUUCUUGCCCAAUUUAACAUACUCGGAACCGACACCUUUACAACCUAUACUUCCAGAAUCUCCACCAGACUUUACACCACUUGAACCCGCACUAUUGGAAUCCUCAGCGGAACCUUCGUUAUUGGAUCCCAUAACACCAGAGUGCCCGACAUCAGAUCUUACUCAGCCUGAAUCUCCGGUAGCUGAAGCUCCACCCGCACAUCAACGGCAGCCCUCAAAGGUGUUCAUUCCAGGAUUAGUGCCUCCGCGGUUCUUACCUGGGGUCGGCCCUCGAGACGAAUACGGUUUCCGGAAAGCGACUCAAUACGUGACCUUGGAUGAGCACGAGGCCUGGAAAGGUCCUUAUUCAAACCAUGUGGAACAUCGGAGAUUAAAAUGGAUUGAGAUGCUCAAGGAGCAUGGGCUGCCCACGGUAGACCCAACCACUUUCCCACCGCAGUCUUCCAAGGUGAAGCGAUUUGUGCGCAAAGGAAUUCCCCCCGAAUUCCGAGGUGCGGCUUGGUUCUUUUAUGCCGGCGGGUACGAGCUUUUGAACCGAAACCUGGGCCACUACGAUCAACUGGUGGAGAGUGCGAUGAAAUCGCCGAGCAAUGACGACAAGGAGCACAUUGAGCGUGAUCUCCACCGCACAUUCCCCGACAAUCUUCACUUCAAGCCAGAGAUGCCUGAACAAACAGAGAACUCGGGGAGCAGUAACCCCAAUUACUCUAAUGUCACCACGGAGACACAAAUGAUCCAGUCGCUGCGCCGCGUCCUGUAUGCCUUUGCGCUGCAUAAUUCCAAAAUCGGAUACACCCAGUCUCUUAAUUUUAUCACGGGGAUGCUUCUGCUAUUCCUGCCCGAAGAAAAAGCAUUCUGGAUGCUUCACAUCAUCGCUUCAGACUACUUGCCUGGUACCCACGAGAUUAGUCUGGAAGGCGCGAACAUUGACCUCUGGAUUCUCAUGGUCCUGCUCAGGGAUUCUAUGCCGGGCAUUUAUUCCAAGAUCGCCGCAAUGGGAGGUACCCCGUCAGGACGGGGCAAGAUGCCUCCUCUGACUGUGAAUUCUCGCCUGCCGGACAUUACCCUCGGACUGACCAACUGGCUUAUGUCGGUCUUCAUUGGGACUCUGCCCCUGGAGACUACACUCCGAGUUUGGGACGCGUUCUUCUACGAGGGCUCGAAGACCUUUUUCCGCGUCUCCUUGGCCAUCUUCAAAGCCUGCGAGCGCGAUAUUCUGAGCGUAACGGAUCCCAUGGAGGCAUUCCAGGUCGUGCAGACCGUCCCUAAGAAACUGCUGGAUGCCAAUACGCUAAUGGACGAGUGCUUUAUUCGCCGGCACCGAGUUGGUCAAGGCCGCAUUGAGGAGUUACGCGCUCAACGCCGGACUGCCGUCCGCCAAGAGAAGCUGCGACGAUCGGUCGCCUUCGCUAAAGGCCAUCUGCAUCCCUCCACGGACGACUUCACUGGCCGAGCGCGCACCCCAAUCCCAGGCAUUGAGCACCGGGUCGUAGGUUCCUGGCGGCACCUGAAACAGCACACAUUCCGAUGA